AUGCACGUAACCGAGCUAGUCGCCCUCGUGGCUGUUGUGUUGGAGAACACUAACAGCCUUCGAGAGCUGCGACGUCACGUUAACGGGUUGCUGAUUGACGCCGAACUGAAGCGCGAGCUCAAGACCCGCCAUCGUCUAACAGCCGCAUGUCUGGGUGUGCCGCACCUCUCUGCGUGGUCGCUGUUGUAUAAGUACGGUACUGAUGAGAACCUGCUUAACGUUACUACUCUCACACGGAGCGCCUUUAAUGAGCUACUUGCUCGCUUUGCGGGGUUUUACCACAUUCACAGACCCAGGCGUGACGGUGGGAGACCACCUAAACUGACGGAGCACCAUCAAGUGCUGGGUCUACUGCUUCACUACUACGAGGGAUCGAUGGGUGUCAAAACCAUCUGUGAGAUUUUUGCUGUGCCCCCUACGACUCUCCAGCGCACGUUGAUGAAAGCUGAGCACGCACUUGAAGCAGCACUGCGUGGUUUUUAUCCUGCACGUAUCAGUUGGCCUUCGCUCGGCCACCAGCGGAGGAUGGCCGCAUGGGUCCACGCUCGUGAGCCUUUGCUGGACAAUAUCUUCGGUUUUGUGGACGGGAAGAACUACAGAGUAAGUUAA